AUGGGAUCUUCACCCUUUCAGGAAUCGGCUGGACAGAACCCAGCUGAGAAAUACAAACUGAUCUCGGACUCGUUGCACGAUUAUGGGACUUAUUUGACCUCCUGCAUUCCCAAAUUUAUUCAACAAUUCAGCGUUUACAAGGAUGAACUCACCCUUUACACAAGUCCCGAUGGCAUCGUACCUGUCCUGGGUUUCCUACGAGACCACACUCAAUGUCAAUACAAGCAAUUGAUGGACAUCAGCGGUGCUGAUUACCCUACUCGUCCGAAACGUUUUGAAAUUGUUUACCAUCUCUUGAGUCUCAAAUACGCUUCACGAAUCCGUGUCAAGACUUAUGCAGACGAAGUGAGCCCCGUACCGAGUGCAACAGGACUCUUCAGAAGUGCUGACUGGUAUGAAAGAGAAGUCUACGACAUGUAUGGCGUCUUCUUUCAAAACCAUCCCGACCUUCGUCGAAUUCUUACCGAUUAUGGAUUCGAGGGAUAUCCUCUACGGAAAGAUUUCCCAUUAACCGGUUACACCGAGGUGAGAUAUGAUGAGGAGAAGAAGCGAGUGGUAUAUGAGCCAUUGCAGCUAUCCCAAGCGUUUCGUAACUUCGAGGGCGCCAACUCGCCCUGGGAACAAACUGGUCAAGGGCAAGAUGUGCAGCCUGAAACAUUCAAGCUGCCUGUGUAA